CUGAUCAAUCCAGGAACACAUUUGCUACGGAAGCCUUUUUGUGCCAUAAAAUGCCUUUUAGUGUUUGGGACCAGAUUAAUCUGUCGGUUUUGCUGAUUUGACGUUGACAAUCGCAAUGGAAGACGAUGCUCCUGUCAUCUAUGGUCUAGAAUUUCAGGCCCGAGCCCUUACACCUCAAACAGCAGAAACUGAUGCAAUACGAUUUUUGGUUGGGACACAAUCUCUUAGAUAUGAUAACCAGAUUCAUGUAAUAGACUUUGAUGAUGAAAACAAUAUCAUAAAUAAGAAUGUUCUACUACACCACGCUGGGGAAAUAUGGCAGAUCAGUACAAGUCCAGUUGACAAAAAUGUGCUUGCAACCUGUUACAGUAAAUCUUCAGACAGCAAAGUCAUGACAUGUGCGGCUGUGUGGAGGAUACCGAAGGAAUUGCAGGCAGGCAGUCAUGAAUCUCCAGAUGAUUCAUCAAGCAACGCUCAGACCCUGGAGCUUCUCUGUCACCUUGACAACACAGCUCAUGGCAAUAUGGCUUGUGUAACAUGGGAACCAUUGGGUGAUGGAAACAAAUUGCUUUCCUUGGCUGAUAAUAAUAUUCUGAUAUGGGAUUUACAAGAAAGCUCAACUAAAUCUGUGCUUUCAAGUUCUGCGGCACUGGAAGGCAAAGGGCAACUGAGAUUUACCUCUGGGAAAUGGAGUCCUCAUCACAACUGUACACAGAUUGCAACGGCCAACGACACUGCAAUUCGUGGCUGGGAUAUAAGAAGUAUGAGGCAGAUAUACUGCAUCGAUAAUGCUCACGGACAGCUGGUUCGAGACCUAGACUUCAAUCCCAAUAAACAAUACUACUUGGCUAGUUGCGGAGAUGACUGCAAAGUGAAGUUCUGGGAUACCAGAAAUAUUAAUGAACCAGUAAAAACACUAGAGGAACAUUCUCAUUGGGUUUGGAGUGUUCGGUACAACCACUCGCAUGACCAACUAGUCUUGACUGGCAGUAGUGAUAGCAAAGUCAUUCUUUCAAACAUGGUAUCUAUUUCCUCUGAACCCUUUGGUCACCUUGUAGACGACGAAGAUUUUAGCGAUCCAGAGGAGGGCCAACUGGAAGAGAAAACAAAAGAGCCACUUCAGGACAGUAUAAUAGCUACCUAUGAAGAACAUGAAGACAGCGUGUAUGCAGUGGAAUGGUCAUCUGCAGACCCCUGGCUAUUUGCUUCUUUAAGUUAUGAUGGAAGGCUUGUUAUUAACAGAGUGCCAAGAGCACUCAAAUAUAACAUACUGCUGUAAUUUGUGCGGCUGCUUGAGAUGAAGUGAUUGCAUGUCUCAACCAGCUUAUUUCUUAUCGGAAGACUUGAGAGCUGAAACUAUGAAUGUCUAUUAUUAUAUUUGAUUAUUGUAAGCAUUAAAGUAAAUGACCAAAUAUAAGACUGAUUUUAA